UAGAGCCCUCAUGGUUAAGAGUGUUUUGGAAUUGGAGUUAAUGGUUGAAAGGAUUAGAUGCAAUUACUAAGUUGUCCUCACACUUAGCGGGUGUUGACCCUUGUGUUUUGAUAAUGACAACCAUGCAUAUGGGAUGAGCUUUGGAUCUGGAUCUUUUCAUGUGGAUUGCCUAGCACGUUGCUUAGAGAUUCAAGACAAGAUUUGAAGAUUAAAGGAAUUCUUUUGAACACAGCACAAUCUUAUAUUACCACAACCAUCAUCCAAGAGUACAUGAUCUGCUAGCUAAUCAAGCUCUACCUCCACUAUAUCUAAUACACUUUUUUGUUAUAUAUGAUAACGAUGAACAGUUGGCCAUCAGGGCACAACUCCAACACUCACCAACAUGAUCCUUUUGAAGCUCAGCGAGCUUAGGCCAUGAUGGGGAUGAUCGAGCUCGCCAGCAAGAUCACUAAGCGGUCAUGGAUGAGAUGAAGAGAGCCGGGGAAGAUAGGCAGAAGGAGCUGCAGUAUGAGGUCGCUCGCCUUACAAGGGAGCUAGAGGAGGAGAAGGAUCACUCCACCAAAUGGGAGGAGGAGAACACCUCACUGUCUUCCAAGGCGGGAUCCGUCUCUGCCCGGGCAGUUGAGUCCUUCAAAUCUUCCUCGGAGUUCACCGUGGUCGCUAUGGAGCGGAUGGGUAAGCCGAUUGUGGAGUGGCUCAAGACCGGACCCGGAGCCAAGUGGAUGGUUGGGGAGGUAGAGAAGUCAUUCAACUGCGGACUCUUCCGGGCCCAACAGGUCUUCCGCGACAAGCUAGCUCGGCUUCCCAAGGGAAUAUCACUUCCCGAUCUUGGCUUUCCUCCUCCCUGUCGUGCCUUUGCCAAGUUUGAUCCUAGUCCUUACUUAAAUGAGGAAAGUUUGAGUGCCUCUGACGAGGAAGAUGAGUCGACCGCUCAGGGCGACCAAGAUGGGCAGGGCGACCAGGAGACGAGAGCAAACCCUGCAACGACCAAGGCGGGCGAGGGUCCCAGCUCAGGCAUGUGAUUCGCUCCACUCCCCCUUUUUCUUACUAUUAUUUUGGUCUUAUCUUAAACAACUUUUUGUUUUAGUUGUACGACAUCUAUAAACAGUACUGUUUUGG